CUGUUGAGCAUAUGCAAAUAUUAAACAUCCGUAAAUCUUGUACUAAAUUUCCCGCGUAAUUAAUUUAGUGUGGAUUUUGUUGUUUUUGUUCGCUGGCUUUUGUUUCAAUAAUAUUGUUAAAUUUUUAUUGUUAAAAAAAAAAAAAGAAAAAAGAAUAUGUUUUGAAAGUUAGUAAAUUAGCAGUUAAGAUCAAAAAUAUCUAAAGUGUUUUGUUAACUUGAUGUGACAAAGAUGUUUAUUCAAGACCUCCGACAAGAUUUUUAUAACCGUUUAAUUGACAAACGCAUCUUAAUUAUUGUUAAUUAUGAUAUUGAUGCUAUCUGUGCGAGUAAAAUAUUACAAGCAUUGUUGAAGUAUGAUCAUAAGGUGUAUACCGUUGUACCAAUAAUGGGCUUAGCUGGUCUAAAGAGAGCCUAUCGUGAACAUCAAGACGAUGUAAAAUUUGUAUUAUUGUUAAAUUGCGGUGGUUGCGUCGAUAUUGUAGAGCUUUUGCAACCUGAUGAGGAUGUGAUUUUCUUUAUAUGUGAUGCUCAUCGUCCAUUUGAUGUUUGCAAUAUAUACAGUGAUCGUCAGGUAUGUCUGUUGGCUGAUCCUUCAGCAGAAGAGAAUAUUCCAGCUUUUGAAUCUAUAUUUUGUGAGUCGGAUAAUGAUGAAGAUGACAACGAUACUAGUGAAGAAGAUGACAAUGCUGAAGAACCUGCAGACACGGAACACUCGGCCCAAACUGCGAAGAAGUUAAGUCGAAUGGAAAAAUAUGAACAUCGCGUACUUAAACAGCGUGAACGACGUGUUUGGGAAAAUGAACGUGACCGGAUAAUGUUCGAGUAUACACAGUUUAGUUAUUACGGGCGUUCAUCGGCACUAACAAUAUUCGAAUUGGCUUGGAAGCUUUCUAAGGAUGAAAUGGAUUUGCUAUGGUGGGCGAUUGUUGGUAUUACUGAACAAUUAAUUUUGGGCAAAAUAGAAAGUAGUGUUUACACAUUAGAAAUCGAUAAUAUCCAGUCGCACGUCAAUCGACUGACUAACAAAAUUAAUGAUCAAAGCAAUAUGAGUGCUUCCAAGAUUGGUUUUGAAAAUGAUCUGCAUUUGGUACUAUAUCGACAUUGGAGUGUUCUAGAAUCUAUGCGGUACACGCGUUACUGUGCUUGCAAACUUAAAUUGUGGACCUUAAGAGGCGAAAAGAAACUUCAUGAACUUCUAGUUGAAAUGGGUUUACCCUUGGUGCAUGCGCGUCAAAUGUUUAGUUCUAUGGAUUUGGUAUUGCGGCAAGAAUUUUUUUCUAUGAUCGCCAAACUGGCUGAAAAGUAUGCAAUACCGGAUAUUAUAUAUGGUUCAUUUACACUGCACUAUGGUUAUCGAAAUCGUUAUUCGGCGGCUGAUUUUGUGUACGCUUUGCUGGCCGUUUUGGAAUCGGUGAAAAAGGAUAAGACUCCCGAAGUUUGCUUCCUCGAGGCUCUUGAUAGUCUAAGUCGGAAUCACAAAGAUAUUCUGAUAGCUGGUAUAGAAGGCUCCAAGCUAUUGCAUCAAGCGAUUUUUAAACAAGUCCAAAGCAGCUUGGAAAGUCAUCAAAUAUUUUCGACAGGUUCGUUCCUGUAUUUUAUACUCAACCAGGAGAAUACAUACUUCUCUUAUCCGUAUGGAUUGUUACUGCUGGCUAAGUUUAUGCUCAAUGGUCAUGUGGCAACGUCACGUAGCCGCACUGCUCCGGAACUGCCUCUAAUUGUUAGCUGUCCUAUUGAUGCUGAACGUGGUCUUUGCUUAUUAGCAGGCAUACCUCCCGUCCAAGAGGAUUCUCCAAAGAAUUUCUUUGGUAAAGCUUUCGAGCAGGCGGCUCAAAAAUGUAAUGCAGCUAUUUUACAGGACUUUUUUGAAACCUCACUCAUACAGAUACGACAAAGCGAUUUGACACGAUUUUUAGAUGCCCUAACUGUACUUUUAUCUUAACUUAAUAAUCCAUUAGUUUAGAAUUACAAAUAGACUGAGAACAUACGGGAAAAUGAGUAGACAAUAUAUAUAUAUAUAUG